GCAUCGUUGUGUUAAUAUCGAAAGCUCUUCAACUUAGGAAACCAAUAAAACUAGUUUUGACAGCUUGCGGGAAAAUUUGAGCGCAAAAAGUGCCUUUUCGACGAAGUUGUUAUUAACACUGAUUAAAACGUUUGAGAAGUCAAAAUGCAAAGGUCGGCCAGAAUGAAGAAAGAAAUAAAGAUGUUAUCAGAGUCGCCUCCCUUUGGCAUCUCAUGCUGGCCAAGUGGAGACAGUAUUGAUCGCCUUGAAGCAAUAAUUUUAGGUGGUGAAGAUACACCGUACAGUGGGGGAGUGUUCAAGUUAGAGAUUCAAAUACCAGACAGGUAUCCAUUUGAGCCACCAAAAGUGAGGUUUGUUACCCCAAUAUAUCAUCCUAAUGUAGAUACAGGCGGACGGAUUUGUCUUGAUACACUAAAAAUGCCACCCAAGGGAGCGUGGAAGCCAUGUUUAAAUAUCAGCACGGUCCUGACGUCUGUACAGCUUCUGAUGGCAGAACCCAACCCUGAAGAUCCCCUCAUGACCGAUAUUUCAAAUGAAUUUAAACACAAUAGAGCUCUGUUCGAAUUGAAUGCAAAGAAGUGGACAGAAAAACAUGCUAAACAGGAAGCAACAGACAUUGUGGCUGAUAACGAGAAAGACGAAAGUGAAAAAAAUGAAAGUGAUGGAGAUAAUAUUGAUAAAGUAAAACAAAACAAAGAUACAGUAUCUAGUGAUCAUGCUGAUAGGAAAAGGACAUUACCUAUGGAUGAUGUGACAAAUAAACAGUUGAAGACGUCGUAAAAAAAUACAGCGAUAUGGUUGCCAUGGCAACAGUUUGUGAACUUAUUUUUUGUAUUCAUCAACAUUUGAAGUCCCUUUUUGUAUUCAUCAACAUUUGAAUUCCCAUAUUCCUCUGAGAAUGGAAAUUGGAAUUCUGAAAAUUAAUAUGUCCGAUAUUCUGAAUUGGACUUAAAAUUAUGAUUUUUUUUUUAUUUUGUUCAUAUAUUUGUUGAAUAUAUUAAUAGAUUGUAAUGAAACUUAGCCUUAUCAUAAAAUAUGGCAUUCUUAAAGAAAGCUCUAUGUUUUGAAGUUCAAAUCUUUAUUUUUUCAGGCAUGAAAUGUUAAAUAUUCCAGGCCGUAUAUUAGAUGAGCCGCGUCAUGAUAAAAUCAAUG